AAUCGUAACGCAAUUUGGUUAAACAUGAUAAUUGUUGGUUGUUGGUAGACUUGAUUAUUAGUAACAUCGUCAUUGAGUGUUCGUCAGUGGGUUUCCGUAUUUCAUAGAACAUUGUGUGGGGUGCAAUGUGGUGCAGAUAAUAGUGUUUUAAGCGCGUGUGAAAUGUCACAACAUGGAUGCGGGGAGAGACUGUCGUAUUCAAAGGGUUUCCAGGAGGAAAGUGGCAAUCAAUCGACGAUGGAGGUGCUCGUCGAAACGCUCACGGGGACGGCAUUCGAAAUGACGGUGUCGCCUUCGGACACCAUAUUCGCUAUAAAGUCGAAGAUAUGCAGGGUUGAGGGUAUCCCUGUAUCCCAGCAACACCUGCUCUACAAUCUAAAGGAACUCGAUGAUGCGUCGUCCCUCCUGGCCCAUGGGAUACAAGACGGGGCCAAGCUGCGAUUAGUGCUGGGGAUGCGCGGUGGACCCAUCUCCACGCGCCGCCUACCGCCGCCGCAGGAGCCCUGGAGGGAUAUUGAAAGGCUGCUCGACAGUAACAGAGACGACGGCGAUUGGGGCUCCGCGAGCAGCAGCGGCUGCAAGGUGACGGUGCUGGUAUUCCGAGACGGCGAGCGCGUCAACAUGUUAAGGGUCCGCGAGAAUCUCGACGGCUCAUACUCACCGCUUGAACACAACAAGUAUUCGUCAUCGCUGUCGCACCUGGCCGAGAGCAGCGACGAAUCGUACGUCGGUACCGGCACGUUAGCGCAGAACGCUGUCACGCAGGGCAAGAUGAUAGAGCUGCGUAGGCGCAUGGAAAGCCUCUCCCUCAGGCGCAGGCAUCAUUCGGGAGAGAAGGCGGAGAUCCAGAAGACGCGCAGCGAAGAGACGCUGUCCGUGCCCUUCCUGCUGGACGAGCCGGACCUGAGCUCGUACACGCCGUACAGCGAGGCCGAGUACUCGUUCACGCCGCUGUUCGACGGGAAGUACACGCGGUACGACUGCGACUGCUCGUUCGCGGACCGCUACGCGCUGCUGCCAAGAAAAGUUAUGUAUUUGUUUGUUGAUGUUGUUGAUCACUACAUUCAUCUAGAACACAAAAUUACUUUGGGCCUACUAAACCAAACGGCGGAGGUCAAUAGGCGCAUAGCACAAGCUUGGUCAGCUUUUGGGGCCAACCAUCAAAUAUUGUGA